AUGGUUCCCUACGAUGCCAGCUUGCGCUCUGUUGAAGUACACCAAUACCAGAUUGUGGUUAACUACAAACCCGCUAAUAAAGUGGUAGUUGUUGGUUUCGAUGACUUUUCACCUGCCUGGCCAAAGGACAAUGACGAUCCCAAUUCCAAGGCUACCCAACGUCGUGACAAAUAUCGCGCAAUGGCCGAAUUUCGUGCUUUAGUAAAAAUAAAGAAACUGAAACAUCUUUCUGCAGAGGGGAAGGAGCAGCUUCGUGAUGCAGGCGCAGAUGUAAGCGAAGAGACAUGCAGAGAGGGACUUUGGAUUGCCGUUUAUGGCAAGUACAACCAUUAUCCAAUGUUCCAUCCUGGGGACCCAAAAAAGAAAGAGCUGCUUCAAGUUCAGGUGGUCGUAAACGUAUCUGGGAAGCAGAACGAGAGGACACUUUUCAUAGCAUCCAUGGACGCCCGCACAGCCGUCAGAUCGAUCCUAUAUUUUGAACGUAUCAAGCUACUUCGGUUUAUGAAGGAAGUGUCGAGGGAGGACGACCAUCGCACCGACCUUAUGGAUAGGACUAUCGACUGGUUUGUGCAAAAGAUGAUGGAAAAAUAUCCAUUUGAUGACGUUUGCACCCCUGAGAAACGGGAUAAUUAUCGAGGCGCACGCCGCCACACGUCUGAGGCCCGGCACGUCUUCGUCUGCCACGCCGAGUGGCUAUUGGAACAUACAAAUGUACAUCAAGGAGCGGAUAAAUACAUUUCUAGAGUGAUAUUGCGGGAUUGGGCAAAAAAAGCUCCCCGGAUGCGAGAGAUGGCAGCCCUCGAAGGACGCCCUGGUUGGGGUGUGUGGGACGCAGUCUGGGACACAUGCGACUUUGCCAACCACUAUAGCAGGGAACGUAAAAAAUACAAAUAUUACAUCAACUUGAUCAAAAAAGAGGAAGGGCAAGGAUCUAUCUCGUCAGGCUCCAGAAGUCGCCUAUCCAGCGCUCAAAUAAACCGGGCCAACAAGGGCAAAGGCCGAGCGACGACGGCAGACGAAGAGGGACACGCAUAUAGCUGGAUACCUGAUCCUGUUUCCGAGCAUGAGGAAGACGACGGAGGAUUCUCCCUUGACGAGGCCGAGUGGGCGGACAGGGUCAAACGCCCGCGGAUAAGUCUGGGUCAAGAGGCCGGAUCGAGUGGGACUCGGCCGAUUUAUUCGAGCCCUUCUCUUGGAGAGCGAGAAGAUCGUGUGUCAUCGUCCGUAUCCCGCGAUCGCUACCAGCCGAGUCCAUCGCUGAACGUUCGUACUCCAAGUUCAAGUCAGAACCCAGGAACGAUUCGGAUAUCGGGCACGAACAGAAACUCGCCAGCUCGCACGCCGAGCUCGUCAAUGAGAAAUCCUUCGAGCAGCUGGAGAUUCACAAGCCAAAGGGGACCCAGCUCAGGUACCACACCUGCGAGCCGAAGGUCUCCAGAAAUGAGGAAAUCGGCUAUUAGGACUCCCGUUCGGCCAGCUGCAGCUGCAGAAAUGGAUGUGAUUUAUAUUUCGUCGGAUGAUGACGAUAUUCCGACGCUUGCUACACAGGUCGCUCGUAGCAGUCUCGCUCCCAAGAGUGAAGUAGUCGAAAUCACAGAUUCUCUAUCAGAAAACCAAGAUGAAUUCAUGCAUGAUGUAACCGAUUCGGAAGGUCCCGAGGAUGGUCCGCUCCAAGACCAGAAUGACGACGAAAUACCAUAUUAUCGACGGCGGACAAGUGUACCGAGAGAAACAGUGGUUGAUGAGACGCCCCCUCCCCACGCCCGAUCACCAACCGGUCGUACUGGGUCACCUUUGGCCGAUGAAGUUCCCGAUAGUCAAGAUGAUGCCGAGGAUUUCAAUAGCAGUGACUCGGAGACCAAGUACACACAGCGCCCCCCAAGAUCUCCUAGUCCGGAUACUGAACGUACCAAGAUGCUGAUAGAGCUCAACCGUCAGAUCCUAGAGUUCGCUCCACUGGUCCACUCUCGCCCAUACACUCCGCUAACCUGGAAGCCCUGGCGGUGCAACUAUCCGAAUCAGAACUUGAAACCAGGAGGAGAUCCAAGGCUCGGGCAAAGACUACCAUGCACAUUCGAAAUUAAUCUACGACGCCCUUCCUUGGAAGUUCAACGCUUACUCAGUCAGCAUCCUGGCGAUGCAGAAAUUCUGAAGCACUUGCUUACAGAGCCAUGCAUCUUCAAAGGACCGACAGACCAGUUAGUCGAUGAAACCUUUCAGCGGGUGGUUGAACUCCAUCGCCAAGAGCACUACAAAUAUUGGGGAGUAAAGAAGAAAGUUGAGCCUAUGCACGGGCAACUCAUGGCGCACUUUGAACCUUUGGAUGAUUGA